AUUGGCUAUAUUUUUAUAACUAAUCAUGUUUAUAUUUAACAUGAACAUGUUUUAUGGAACUAUCCAACUCUGUUGAUCUAUGUGAUUAUUAAUAUAUUCAUAUAGUAUUGCACUUUAGAUAGCACUAUUCAUGUCACAAGCACAAAGCUGUGUCUUUUAUGUGAGACCAAUAUAUUUUUAAUGAAUUUAUUUCUUUAGAUCUAGCUGCUCAUGCUUUGAUGAUUUUAUUGUUGCAACAGGUUAUGUUACAUCUGCAGGGAGCAAAAUGUUAAUGUAAAAGUGAAAGAGACUUUAUAUCCGGCAGUUUUUAAUUGGUUAGAUGGAAGCGUUCAGUAUUGUUUGAAGGAAAUAUUCUUUACGUUUGCUUCUUACAAAAUGUUUGAAUUUAGUCUCUUUCGCCCUGACGUUCGCUAGAGGACGCCAGAGUUGCACUGCGAAGGAACAAAGCAUCACUAAAGGACUGCACCACACUCGUCAUAGCCUACGUUUUUUCAAACAUAAAUGCAAUUUUAAAUUGUUUAACGUGCACUAUAAACGUCGUCUAGCCGUUUGUGCCUCUAUUUCGUAUGAUACAUCUUUGUCUUGUAUCAUCCCGUCACGAUGACGCAAUGACGUACUGCAGAUUGGACACACGUGGACCUCAAAGCGACCAUGUGACAUUGAUGGUUCCGCCCAGACGAACUUCAGGAUAUGUUAACAUCUCGUUUUUGUCUUUUUCGUUGGGUAUUCUGCAGCUUUAACUGUGCGACAUUCUUUUCAGUACACAGUUUGUCUGGCUGGGCCUGGGAUGGAUGUAUGCAGAUUGGACCGCCCUGCAGCCUGACGAGUGACCUGGGGCGAACCCGGCCAGGCUCCAAGACGUCCGGUUCGGGGACACAGCUCGGUGCAAGAUGAUGUCGCUCAUCGAUCUGGACGAUGAACAGCGGUGGGUGCCCACACACGUCAAUGUCACGGUGCUUCGGGCGAGGGGGCUGCGGACUAAGAGCAAGCAUGGCAGCCGCUACCUGUACGCGGUGGUCCAGGUGGGCAAGGAUAAGUACACUACGGGUUUGGUGGACAAGGCCGAGGUGCCCGAGUGGGCCGAGGAGUGCUGCUUCGAGCUCCUCCCUGGCAUCCUGGAGGAGGAGGAGGAGGGCGGAUGCGGCCGCAAAGCCUACCCGCCAGGCAGCGCCGACCUGGUCCUCACCGUUAUGCACCGGGUCCUGAUUGGGCUGGACGUGUUUCUGGGUCAGGCCGUCAUUCCGCUGGAUCGCAUGUUCCAGGAUGGGACGUGUCCUAGAGACGAGUGGUUCAAGCUCCACUCGAAAGCAGGACGAAAGGAAAAGGAACGUGGCGAAUUGCAACUGACGGUCCAAUUCACUCGCAAUAACAUGACGGCCAGCAUGUUCGACCUGACCGCCAAGGACGAGCAGCGCUCCGCUUUUGGCAAGCUCAAGGAUCGCGUCACGGGGAGGAAACGCCCCGACGUGGAGUCGUCCUCUGCCAUUCUGCCAGGCCGUUACGCCGCCCUCUCUGCAUCCACCGGUCCACAGUCGUUCGGGGACGGGAGCGCCGGUGCAGGCCUGAGGCGAGAUAACGCAGAGAUAACUGAAGAAAAGAGAAGCAAGAUGAAAGAUUUCUUCACAGGGAAGCUGCGGAAGUCAUCCAACACCAGGUCAUGCUCGUCCCUGGCCUCAGAGAUCAGCGCCUCUUCCAUGGGCAGCGACACCCCUAGCCCUCCGCCUUCUCUAGGCCUGCUCUCGGAUCUCCCAAGCUCGCCUAUCUACACCACAGUAACAAGAGUGGACGCCCACUGUGGAGAGCGGGAUCUGACAAAAACAGUGCUCACCUCUCAGCAUGCUGCACAGAUCCUGACCCACAAGAGAGCCUUUAGCGAUGAAGCUAGCAAGAUCAUAACGUCUGCCCCAAGGGCAAAUCCAACUGUGGAGUCCCUCAAAGGUCAAAGCAUGUCUCAGUCCAAGUCUUCCUUGUGUAUAAAUGGCAGCCAUGUGUAUGACUCCGAGCCGUCGACUCCAAAGAACGCCGGGGCCCUGGCGUCCAAGCUGGUCUUGUCGGAGGAUUCUUCCCCACUGUCCCGUUCUCUACAGAACAUCACCAAGCGAAGCGAGAACAAAGGUUCCUUUGGCGAGGGUAGACGCUGGUCCUUUGACAAGAUGAAGAAAGAGGAAAAGGAGGACGAAAAGGAAGCUCAGCCAGCUGUGAUAGAAUGUUGUCCUGUGCAGGCAGCAGCGCCAAUCCUCCCCUCUGCUGCUGAUUCCUCCGACAAAGGGUGGAAGCUAAAAAAGACCUUAUUCUCUGGUAGUAGGAGUGAUUCUCUCCCUGCAAAAUCAGAUGGGAACCAGGCCGGAUCAACCUCCGAAGGGAGGCUCAGAGGGUGGUUCGGAUCCUCAGAAUCCCAGAACAAGCCAAGGCUGGAAGUUUCUCCCAAAGUAGAAAACACCUCAGCUAUAUCCCCUCUCAUCCCACCUCCUUCCUCACCCCCUGACUCCCAUGCUGGGGGUCACUGCUCGCCCGUUGAGAGUCACACCCAUCCCAUGACCCCUCCAUCGACACCUAUCUCCCCUUCCAACCCUUUCUUUGAGGAUCUGCAGAGGUCCCCCCCUUUUGCACCUGGCUCCUCACCCUCCCUUCACAACUCGCAACCCUCUGGCAACUACACUCCCAGUUCCACUCAAGGUGCUAGCAGCAUGGCCUCCAUCAAACGGGAGCGCCCCAGGCCUGUCACUAGGCAGAUAUCGUUGCCUGAGUUUUUACCUAAAGCUGCACUGAAAUCCACCAUGUCUGAGAGCACACAGCAAUGGGAAGACUCGUUUGACACUUUUGCCUCAAGCAGGCUCAACUCACCGAAAGGCAAUCAAACUCAGACUCUUCAGGGAACCACUCCAGUAUCCAUUCUGAGGAGGGCAGCAAACAGCCCUGCCAACAAUUGCACACAAGAGUGCCAAAUGCGCCAGGAGGAGCCACCGCCUUUACCGCCAAGGAGACCGAUAAGAACUCCAGUGAAUGAGAUAUACUCUGAUGGCUGGCUUCACAGAGGCCAAGAGCUGGCAGUCCAGAAAGAAGCCUGCUUGCUCUCUCAGACUGGAGUGGCUUCACUGCAGCACGGGAGAGAGGCAGAAUGUAAGAUACUUCAACCGAGUGUUUCAUCUGACAGUGAGACAUCAGAUUCCCUUAACAUUAACACUCAGCCUUACAGAAUAAUCCCUUCACCAGGAUUCAGACCCAAAGAGAGUCUUCAGAAGUUCAAGUAUGAACCCCUGGAAGAUAACAGUGACUUCUGGGGGGGCGUGCUGUUUGAGCAAGAUUUAUAUGGGCGAGUUGGCAUGGGAAACGCUAGACAGCCCACUUUUCCUGUAUGUAACAAUACAGGACUUAGGAAUCUUCUAGCUUGUGAUAUGUCUGUCGCUGAACUUUUGAGGAAAUCGCCAGACUUAAAGGCUGGUCGGACUCCCCCUCUGGUAGAGCCUGUGGAGUCGUCCAUUAUGAGUCAACCCGCAUGUAUGAACAAUAAUGUGACUUACUCACCAAACUUAGGAGAUCUGAACAUGAAUGUGAGCAAUUCCAAUAUCAACUUUAUUGAUUCCGAUGGAUCUUCUCAGUCAGAGGCAGUUGAUGAGGCCAAAGGCCUAGGCAGCUUGAGUAAGACCGGUCUACAAGUGUCUCAAGAUGUUUACCAUGAGGAGACCACACAGAUGGAUGAAUUCACCUCAAAAGACACCAGAAUACCUGAGAGGAACUCUUCUUUAGAAAGAACCACACCAUCUAACACAGCCUGCCAAGUCUCUCCAGUUUGCCAGGAAUUUCCUUAUGAGACGGACAACGGCGAAACACAGAAGCAUCUCAUAAGGCAUCAACCUGAUUUGGAAAGUGAUUCCAGUGACGAUAAAACAGAGAAGACCAAAAAUGACUGUGAUGAUAACGGGAACCCUCAAGUUGAGACGGAAGUGUGUCCGCGGGUGGUUAGUGCACGUGUUAGACCAAAAGGAAUGUCAAGAGUGAGCAGCAGAACUGAUAUUGGUCCACUUUCUUGUCUCGUUAAGGAAGGCCCGUCUUCGUAUCAACCCAUUAAAUCAUCUCUGUCCUCCAAUGUGGAAUUUGAUAGUUUGAGUAAAUCACAAACACCUUCAAGCAGUGAGUUUUUAUCAGGGGACUUUGACACAGGAAAACCUUCGGAGAUCACUUUUGAAGUCCUUCAUGCCAGAGUAGCCCCUCAUUUGAGAAGCCCUCCAAAGACCGGGCAGGGUUCUUCUCCCACCUUAUUGGCUUAUGCACCUGCAAACCUCCCCUCAUCCCCUGCCUGUUGCCCCUCCAUACGUCCCUUAGGGUCACAUAGCACUGGGGUCAGUAGGUCUCUGACUGUUGCCCCCUACACAUCCUCCACCGCCGAGCAGCCCCAGUUCAAUGCACUGCACACACUUUUGCCUGAGGAGACUCGGCCAGCUUGCAACCUGCCCCUGCACCAGGAGAGCAGAUCCCACCCUGUGAAGCCUCUGAGUCAGUCAGAGAAGAAGGAGAGUCGUUCAGUCCUGGAGAAACUGAAAUCCACCAUCAAUCCGGGACGCUCUGCCCAGCAGGUGGCGGCCGAGCCGGAGAAAAUACAGGAGCCCGCAGAGGACCGGUGCGCCUUGUACCAGCACCUGACCAAUAUGGAGCUCAUCUCCUUGCUGCUGCAGCAGGACAUGGACAUGCACAAGCAGCAGGCGGCGUCCGAUCGCCAGCAGGCUCAGCUGGAGAAGUGCGAGGGCGAGCUGAAGAAGGUCAAGGCGCAGGUCCGCGACUUGGAGGACUACAUCGACAACCUGCUGCUGCGCAUCAUGGAGCAGACUCCCACGCUGCUGCAGGUGCGCUCCAGACACAAGUGAGGGCGGCGCCACCACGCCUCCUUCGUUGGGAAAUAGCAAAGUCUUUAAAUAAUGUUGGACAGAGACGACGAUUGAUACUGCCCCGUUAAGACAUCAUUACACAACAUGCAUGCAGCUAAUGCAGUGUUACACCAAAAACACCAUAAGAGAGAAGCUUCAGUUAAGCAGAUGCUUAUUCAUGCUUACUAGAAGAAGCUGUGUUGUUGCUGUCAGAACAAAUUCAAAUGUAGCAAUUAAACUAGUAGUAAUGAUAACAUAUUUUAUUAUUACACUAUAUUUCACUAGUAGAACAUUAAUAAUAAUUUAUUAAUAUAUUAAAUGCAAUGUAAAAUACUGACAGGUUAGAAAUAAAUUAUGUUUUAGCACUGCAUACAUGAUAUAUUUUGAAGAAUUGACAUUUUGAAAACUUGGUUCCUUUGCUGCUUUGUUCCAGCUGCAGGCUAAACCAACAAGAAUGUUGUUAUAUUUUCACGCUACUGUAGUCAAGAAAAAAUAUUCCUGCAAAAGACAUGUUAAGAUAUUCCUAAAGCGCCCCACCCUACCGCAGUGUUAUAUAUUAUUACUAAUAAUAAAGUGUAAACCUUACUGUGCAAGUGUAUGGCUUGGUGUUGACUGUCUGCUGUGAUGCUCAGUCCUGACCACUAGAGGGAGCACUCACUCCAACUGUUACCUUCAUGCCAAAAAAAAAUAACUCCCAUCAUUGUUCCAUUCAGGGUUUUUUUCUUUAAAUGUAUUGUAUAUUUGUUUUAAAAAAUAUAUAUUUAUUAAAAAA